UAAAUUCUGUGAGAUGUAAGUGAAAUGUUGUUGAAAGGCACUAAACCCAGCUCACUCUCCCAUACAGAACCAGCCUUCUCGGGAAGAUAUUGAGAGUUGAUGUGGUUGAACCGGGUUUGUGGGCGGCUCAGCACUCCGGUACGGCAUUCCCGCAAGCAAUCCGUUUUUGGACAAGAAACCAUGGAGACAGGAGGUGUUUGCAUACGGAUGUCGUAAUAUGUGGCGAUGUAGCCAAGACACAGUUGCUAACAGAAAUGGUGAGCGGCGUAUAUUCUGUGGCGAUCCAGAAGAGCGAGCUUAUGAAGAGAUCAAUCUCAUCCGCAGUGGGAGGAACAUCAAGGAGUGGAACGAGUGCUUUGACAGCUUAAAGUGCAGCAAUGGAACAGUAGAGAACGAAGCGCUGCCGAUCUACAUGUACAUGCACACCAACCUCUUCCAUGCUGUCGUCGGGGGAUAUGUGUACAGAGGCAGGAAUCUUCUUGACUUGUACGGGCGCUAUCUGUACGGAGACGCCAUGACCGGUGCCAAAAGACCAAAUAUCAUAGUUUGGGCGACGCUUAGAUCUAAACCAAAGACCAGAGGAUACUAGAAACAGAUAACAGAUGAAAAUCAGCACACAUGAAUUCCGAUGCAUUAUGCCUCCAGACUACCCGUGCCAUUUGAAAGUCACAUUAGUCACCUGAAAGGGUAUAUGCCAGUGACACUAGGAUGAGAUGCUUCCGGUUUGUGAUGGAAAUCAGUGUCCGUGUGACACCAGGGAGCGACCCAGAGACUUCCUACUGACCUUUGGUCAAGAUGAACAAGGAGAGAUAUACCUUCUGACGACGUCUUCAAUAACGGCUUCCAAAGACGAUGACGUUGCUUUGAAAAUAGUGUCAUCACUUGGGGAGGUACUUUCUUAUCUCACGCCAGGAUAUCAAUAUUUUAUGCGGCUGUGUAAGACGUCUCGGAGGUAAGCCAAUGUAUUAACCUUAGAUUUAAGAAAAGGUAUGCCUGCACCAGGACCGAACACACAUUACAGGUAACAGUAGAUCAAGGCAUUGCUUUGUUAGGAUAAUCUUGUUAGGAACCACAAAACAUUUGUUUCAGGAAAUCCCACGUGUCUGGUGAACAGUUAUAAUUUAAAUGUAAACUCUGCGGUCAAAUAGUGCCUCCAGUAUUUGUUAAACAAUGAAACAAGCCUCUGUCCCCGACCCCUCCUCCUCCACCUCCAAAACAUCAACGGACUUUCCCUUAAAAACACUAUAAAUUCACAUUGGUUCCAGCAGCCAACACUCGUGCAUGUUAUGUUUACUUUAGGUAGACAUACAUGUGAAUCAUGUUCAGGGUGCUUAAUACGCACACAUAAACUAAAUAUAAGACUGUGUACGUUUGCAGAGUUUUGCACCACUCUUUUAUAUCGCUAUUCUUUUACCUUGAAGGAUGCAAAAUUGUAUUUAGUAUGUAUCCAUCAAACCCAUCACACUCCAUGAAUUCUAUUGUCCAGCGGCCGCAGUGCAUAGCCGAACAAAUUAGUAUUAUGGUCAGCAUUGGUCAGUACACAACACUGCUGAUGGUGACCUGCUUGAUUGAUCGUUCCCCUCCUUAUUAAAGCAAGAAACCUUUUGUUAUCUGAUACAUUUUGUCUUAUGUAUAUAUAUUCUAGAUGGUCUAUGUUUUUACAUGUGGUGUUCAUGACAACGGUGCUUGUACAUACAGCAAUCAACGAUGAUCAUAUGUUUCAAAGGUAUAGCUUCAUGUAAAAUAAACGCCCCAAAUUAGUUCAUAUCAGGAAACAGACGCAAUUUCCUGUCAUCGCAUGCAUUGUCUACUUAUUUGAGCUUGUUUCAAUCAUGUCAAAUUUGGCUUUUGGUCCUGUGAUUGAUUUGUUUGCGUGUUUUUUACAAUAAAAUCAAAGCUGCUCUACUCUACGCUUCGUGAAUUGAUUUCCAUUGAUAGGAAAUACAGGGCAUUAGAGGUAAUACAAGGCAUGAUAGGUAAUACAGGGCAUUAGAGGUAGAACAGGACAUUAGAGGUAGUACAGGGCAUUAGAGGUAAUACAGGGCAUGAUAGGUAAUACAGGGCAUGAUAGGUAAUACAGGGCAUUAGAGGUAGUAGCGCAUUAGAGGAAAUACAGGGCAUUAGAGGUAAUACAGGGCAUGAUAGGUAAUACAGGGCAUGAAAGGUAAUACAUCGCAUUAGAGGAAAUACAGGGCAUUAGAGGUAAUACAGGGCAUGAUAGGAAAUACAGGGCAUUAGAGGUAGUACAGGGCAUUAGAGGUAAUACAGGGCAUGAUCGGUAAUACAGGGCAUUAGAGGUAAUACAGGGCAUGAUAGGUAAUACAGGAGAUUAGAGGUAGUACAGGGCAUUAGAGGUAAUACA